AUGCCUACUUGUGGUCAUGUCCACAUUUGUAAUAUGAUCAAAACUGCUCCAUAUUUGGAUUCAAUGUUUUCCGCCUCCCAUUCUGAAGUUUAUUCGAAACAAGUCAAAGAAAAAGAAAUUUUACUAAAGGAAUAUCAUCAAUCUUUGGAUUAUUGGAGAAAUGCAAUUCGUAUAAGAGGGCACAAGAAAUGCUAUCAUGUUAUUAAUUAA